AUGUUGCUGCAAACACUGUUGCUGCUGCUGUUGGCACCUUGGUCGGUCACUUUGGGUGCACUGCAGCCGCCCGACAAGUAUCGUCCGUCGGAGCUGAUGAAUGCCGCCCUGUAUGUGCUCGAGCAGCAUGUGAUUCCGUACUCUAAUGCGCUGGAUAUCGUGGAGCUCUGUCGCCCGGACAAUAAACAUCGGCAGCAUCGUAACGAGAUUACCUAUUUGAUGCAGCAGCUUGGCGAUCAGACGGCAUUUCAGCUGUUGUAUGACACACCCAUUGAGAACCCGCAGAAUCACAUACUGUUUCUGGUUAACUCACCGCUGGCAUUUCGUGAACUGCGCUUUGACUUUGCCCAAUCGCAGUACGACAGGGAAUUCCAUUUCUUCAUAUUGCUCACGCGCAGAGCCAAGGAGCUGGUGCUGGAGGCGGCACUGCGCGACAUCUUUGAGACAUGCCUCCGUUUCAAUGUCCUCAAGGUUGUGAUCAUGGUUCAGUCCGAACUGGAUGAUGUGGUGCUCUUCUACGGGUUUCGCUCCUACUCACCCGGUUGCGACAUCUCGUUAAAGCCGCAGAUUGUUAAUCGCUAUGACCAUGGCCAGAUGUUGGAUGAAAUGCUAAUCUUUGAUCGACCGUUGAGCAGCCUAAAAGGCUGUCCGUUGAAUGUGAGCUGGUAUCCACUGCCGCCAUACGUAAUCUUUGAAGGAGAUUCCGAGGAUCCCCAGCAGCGAUUAGAGACCUGGCGUCUCACUGGCAUUGACGGCGAGCUGCUCAAAAUGCUGGCGGAAAUCUUAGGAUUCCGAAUAUAUCUGCUGGCACCGUGCACCUUCGACUGCUUUCAGCAGCUGAGCGCGAGAAACUCCUCGGUGGCCAUUGGCGCCCACAGCGCCUCUCAUCUGUAUCGGGAGUUCUUCUCCACGACCCAUUCGUAUCAUCAGACUGCCUUGGUAUUUGUUUUACGCAUCGAUCACUACCUGGGUGCACUCAAUCAACUGGUGCAGCCCUUUUGUCCAAUUGUGUGGCUAGCACUAAUCCUCAGCUGCCUCUUGGCUGUUCUCCUCCAGUGGGCGUAUCAUCGCGGGAGGCGGAUGUGGAGCGUUCACUUCGAUGUGGCAGCGAGUGUCCUGCAUGUGCACACCACACUGCUCGGUAAUCCGUUGGCGGCGCCAUCUUUGCCCCGGGCAACCAUUCUGCGUGGCUAUCUGGGCGCCUGGCUCCUGCUCGCCCUGGUGCAGCGUGCCGCCUACCAGGGCAAACUGUACGAUGUAUUCCGACUACCGUAUUCGCCACCAGUGCCUGAGCGCAUUACACAACUGCUCGAUGGGGAUUAUCUGUAUUUGGCCAAACGUUAUGUCGACUAUUUUCCGGCGAAUCGUACGCUGCUGAGCGAGUCCAAUGUUGAGCAGCGCUUCAAGGAGAUGUCAACGGCCGCAAAUGGUGACCGGCUGAUCACCAGCGCAUUGCUGGGUAAUCUGGCCCAUUAUAAUUCCAUGAACUGGCGCAACAGCCAUUUGACCCAUGUGCGGGAGCACAUCUAUCUGCAUCAGUUGGUCAUGUUUCUGCGCCGGCAUUCCAUCUACAAGUUCCCCUUCGAUCGCAAACUGAAGCAACUACAGUCGGCGGGCAUUGUGAGUUACCUCACUCGAUUCUUUGAGAGACGCAUGUUCCACUCAGCCUACAUUCAUAACUCAAUCCCUCAGCUGACGAUCGAGAUGUUCUGCGGCACCUUUACAGUUUGCUAUCUGGUGAUAAUCGCCGCGUUCCUUGUUUUUCUCCUCGAGCUAAUGAGCAGGUCUGUGCCCUGGCUUAGGCGUUUCUUUGUUUGA